AUGAGCAACGGCGCGCCGAGUGCGGACGCGAAGAGUGGCGAUGGCAGGGCGAGCGACGGCGGUCGCGAUCACGCGAUGAGCCGCGGCGGGAUGAGCUGCGACGGCGCGACGAGCGUUGGCAAGGCGAGCAAUGGCCGCACCAUGACGGGCGGCAUGACGGGCGGCAUGACGAGCGGCGCGGCUACAACGACUCUUGGUGCGGAGGUCGCGAGCAGCAAAGGCACGCUGAGCCGCAAUGGCCCAAUGAGCGAUGGCACGACGAGCCAUUGCGCGGCGAGCAAUGGCCGAACCAUGACAGGCGGCAUGACGAGCGGCGCGGCUACAACGACUCUUGGUGCGGAGGUCGCGAGCAGCAAAGGCACGCUGAGCCACAAUUGCCCGCUGAGCGAUGGCACGACGCGCCAUUGCGCGGCGGGCAACGGCCGCAUCAUGACGGGCGGCAUGACGAGCGGCAUGACGAGCGGCGCGGCUACAACGACUCUUGGUGCAGUGGUCGCGAGCAGCGAAGGCACGCUGAGCCACAAUUGCCCGCUGAGCGAUGGCGCGACGAGCCAUGGCGAGGCGAGCAACGGCCGCAUCAUGACGGGCGGCAUGAUGAGCGGCGCGGCUACGACGAUCGUGGCAGAGGCGAGCGCGCGCGCGACUGGCACGAUCGGCGCGAGGAUCGGUACCACGAUCCCAGGCGCGACCAUGACCGGCGCGACCUCCGCGGCGAGGGGCAGCUUCAGCACAGCGACCGCCGGUGGACUCAAUGCUAAGCAGCUCAGCAGCCACAUCUCAAAUGCUGGCAGCGCUGACGCAUUGCUCGCGCUCUUUGCUGCCCACAGCGCGAGCUUGGACCACAUCCACGCUGCGAACCUGUGGAACAAACUGGGCAAGCAGCGCAUCGAGCGGCGGCACGAGGGGCGGCUUGAGCAGCUGCGCCCUCCGGCCAGCAUCUCAGGAUGUAAUGGCUCAAUCAGGGAUGUCGUGGACAUCUUUGGUUGCCUUGAGCAUCCCAAGAUGCACGAAGCAAUUCAGGAUGCGCGAAGCAAUUCAGGAUGCGCGCGCAUCCUGAAUUGCUUCAUGCAUCUUGGGAUGCUCGAGGCAAUCUCAAUUAGAAUGGAGAUCGUAUCGGGCAAUUUCAGAUGCCUCAGCAUCUCAAAUUGCGGGUUCCCCGCCCCUGACGCGCUCUGA